GUGAACAAGGUGCAAAGCCAAAUCACAGAAAAGAAGAAGGCCUCAAAGGGCCAAGACAAGUGCGAAGAUCUGCUGCAGCAGAAGACCGCCCUUGAGGGCGAAGCGACAGACAUCGAGAAGGUGGUCGAAGAGACCCAAGCCAAGAGGGACAAGCUCCUAGGGGCCAUCGGAAACCUUGUCCAUGACAGCGUGCCCGUCUCCCAAGACGAAGACAAGGACAACAAGGUUGUGGCAACCUGGGGCAUUCCUCGCAGCUUCGAGGGGAAGACCUACCAGGCCAACGGCUUCCGGCCCCACUUCGAGCUUCUGGAGAUGAUCGGGGCUGUGGAGUUCGAUGCUGGGCUGGAGGCCAGUCCUGCGUUGGCUUAA